CAAGCGUUUUGAUUUGAUUAGAGGGUUGAUUAGGAAGUGGGGGGCAAGAAGCGGGGAUGGGCCUAAUCAGUCGCUGAAUGCCAACGUGGCUGAGCGCCUUGUGUCGUCACGCCCUCCUUCUGCCUUCGCCCUGUAGCAUGUAUAAAAGCAACCCCCCCCCCAAAAGUGCCCACGCUCCCCGAAACCCCCAACAAGGCUAACACCCAGACUCCCACAGCACAUGCCCUCAACCUCAUUCGAAAGCCCUCUCCUCGCAACAAUGACCAGCCCCCAAGUGGCCGCUCCCGCACUCCCUCCCCGCCACCGCACCCCAUCCCCACAACCCCCCCUCGACGCCGCAUCCAGCCCCCAAACAACAGCCCCCGUCGCAACAACCGGCCUCGCACCAGCAGCAGCAGCAUCACCCUCCAAAAUAUCCUCCCUCAAGCAAGUCGCAGCCGCAAAACAGCUCGCGACGAAAAUGUCUGACCGCGCAAUAGCUGCUGCAAACGAUAUGAACCUUCAUGUUCCUACCGUCAAGGAGGUGCUCGCGUUCUCGCCUGUCAAACAUGCUUACAAGACGUUGAAGCCGUUUAUCGUGAAUGAGGACGGGAGGUUGGGUGAGGAUACGCCCGAGGCGAAGAGGCGGAGCUUGGAGAGAAUUCAGUUUGUCAGUACUUGGUUGGAUGCAAAGUAUAAGGUGCCUUUCACAAAGUACAAGAUUGGUGUGGGUAAGUACCAGCGGCCGAACGUAGUGAUUGCGAGCGAUAGCGAGGGGACGAGCGGAGCUGCCUCUAUUCCUCAGACCCAAUCGUCAGCGCGAUCCCGAUGGUCGGCGACGUCAUCUCGACCGCGCUCUCCUGCUACAUCGUCUACCUCACGCGACGCUUCCACGUCCCCUGGAUCGUAACCGCCAAAAUGGUGUGGAACGUCAUGCUCAACGCCUCCUUCGGCGCGAUCCCGAUCGUCGGCUCCAUGUUCGACGUCGCCUACAAACCCAACAUGCGCAACCUCAUCCUCCUGGAGGAGUACCUCCGCGAUGAGGCGAUAAAGUCCGGCAAGGACCCCAAGCAUAUCGAUGCGGCGUUGAAGAAGGCACGCGCGGAGGUUAUUUCAUUGCAUGACCCGGGGGAGACCUAUAAUUCGGAUGGGUCGGUGAAGGAGCCGCUGCUGUCAAAGAGCGCUGAGCCUGUGCCAAUGAGGACGGCGAUGUGAUGGUGGGAAGCGGCAGUAAGGACAACACAGUCUCUAUCCUCUUUCC